AUGGCUGUUGGCAAGAAGUAUUUCGACUCUGCGAACCUCUUCCAAGUCGCAAUGGCCUUUUCAAUGUUAAGACCAGAGCUUCAGGGAUUCAUCGGCCAAAACACAACCCCGCCGAUGCCAGCCUAUCCACAGUACCAACAAAAUUACACCGGAGUUGCCUUUGCGCCAAGCAGCACAAGCAACUUCAACUUCCAUGUAGUUCCCAAAGAAGCAGCUGCAGAUUAUAAUAAUCCUCUAAGCGAGUUUCUCGACUGGCAUACAACAGGCCAAAAUCGAUUUGAUGGAGACAGUGUGGCGAUGCUUUUUGACGGAGUCGAUAGUCAAGUCCCACGUGAAUCGCGUGCUUCCUUCAGUACCGAGUUGGAGAGCGGUUACAGUUCGGACGGGGCCCGCUCGCCUCUUUCAUCUGUCGCUGGCUCACCUCAUCACGAUCAUGAAUCAAGUGCAGGAAACUUUCAAUUGCCCAAUGGAGAUUUCAAUAAUUUUGGUGCAGCUGGCUUUACACCGCCAGGCGAGGAAGAAGUUCUGAAAUCGAUGGGCAAUUUCGAACUUGAAGACUACAUCGACCUCGACGUACUGUACGAGGGGCCGCCGCAGAAAAAAGCAUUUUUACCUGAAGAUCAAGCCUUCAAUCCACACACCAAGGCUGAGCCAUUGAGCCCUGUUGACAGCUACACAAAAUUUCCCAGCUCACCACCACAGACCUACGUACCUUCCGAUUUCGCUCGCAAGAGUCCUCUCGACGAAAUUUCCGUAGAGCCAUUCAACUUUGAUGGUCCAUUCUCGACAGACUCUAUUGAUUUCAUCCCUACAGCCGAAGAACUCCAACAUGUAGGGGAAGAUGUGGACCCAGAAUUUGAUUUUGCAUCAUGGGCCGAUAAUUUGAACUUUGAAAAUGAUUUGGCUCUCGAUAUUUUCGACCCAAGACCACCGGCGGUGCAGAAUGCAGUGGAAAACAAACAUGACACAUUGCUCCCUCUGGGACAAGAACUCGUGCCUGUCUUUUCAGAAGCAGCAGCGACCAGAAACGACAGUGGAGGUUCGUUUUCAGGUAAGAUCUUUCUUGUGAUACUGAAAUUCUUAAGAUCACCACCCAAAAAAUAUAUACAUCGCUAUAUGAGCGUGAAGUUAUGGUAAACUUGCUAAUUUUUCUGACAUUCAGAUAGUUACAUAAUCGAAUCAACUUAAAGUACCAAAUUUAAGUACGCAGUUCUGAAAAAAUACUUGUUCUUAAUAUUAAUCUGUCCUGUUUCAGUUCUUUUUAAAGCGCUUUCGUGACCAUAUUAGUUUGGAAGUAUUUGUUAUUAUUUGCUUAGAAACAAUUUCCGUUUUUGCUAACAAAUUCUGUUCAGUUUCGUGACUUCGAACAAAGUAAUUAAUACAGUGCAUUGUUUGUGCGCAGGGCCAAUAUAUUCUUUAUCUUUAAGCACUACAAGUUUGUUGUUGUUCAUACAGUACCGAUAAACCUCGUUAGCGUGCUUUGCGCUCGUUUCAAAGAAUAUUAUUCUUUGCGGGUGGCUUCGUUUCGACGAAUACAGAAAGAGAAUUGUUUGGGGACGUGAUAAUUUCUGCAAAUCGUAAAGCUCUCUUAGCAGGAGUGCCGUCGUUAAUAAGGAACCCUUGGGGGGUAUGAUAUAUUAUGCGAAAUUCCGGUCCUUGCUGACGUCAUUGUCAAAAACUCGUUCUGUUUGGGUAUUUUAAGUAUGAUUUCCAUGUAAAUUAGACUGGAGUUUGUGAAUUAAUUGUUGAUAAUAUCUAAUGUGUUACUGGUCUGUUUUUCUUUUCAGAAACUGCAAGAGAAGAAACCCAUGGCAUUGGUGGAAACUGGGAGAGCACAUCUUUGCCAUUGUUGUCAAGCGCAACAAUCAAGCAAGAGAAACCAGAUUUUUCUGGGCCAUCGACAAGCACAUCUAGCAGAUUUGCACCAACAAAAGCCCCAAGGGAUUGUAAAGAUGCAAAGCCAACGAUUGGUUCAUCUUCUUCAUCAUCACAUUUUGCAUCGGAAGAAGAAAUAGUAGACAUGAGUAUUGCUGAAUUUAACACAUUUUUGGAAACACUGUCAGAAGCCCAGGCGCAAGAAGCCAGAGAUAUUCGUAGAAGAGGGAAGAACAAGGUUGCUGCCCGCUUGUGCCGCAAAAGAAAGAUAGAAGUUGUCAGUGACAUUGAAGAAGAAAUCAACAGCCUUAGAAAGCAGAAAGAGGAUGUCCUCAAUCAGAGGAAAAAACUGCAGGCUGAGAAUGCCUAUUAUAAAAAUAAAAUUAUUGAACUGCAAGAUCAUCUCUUUAAGAGCUUACGAGAUGAAAGUGGCAGACCUCUUUCACCUAAUGAGUAUUCACUCUUCCAAGGAGCUAAUGGAAGCAUAUAUGUUGGAAAAAACAUUGUUUCUGAAUCAAAAAAGAAGCAAUCUCGUGGUUAA